ACCUCAAUGUUUGAUAAAUUUUAUCAAAAACUGUUCAAUUCUGCGUUCCAAGUGGGACUGAAUUUAAACAUUGGUCACGUGGAGAAAGCUAGUGGGACUGAGAUGUUGCGGAAGUCGGGGACGCAGCGGCGGCAGCCGCCGGCGUGGAGGCGGUGCCGCAGCCUGCGCCACAUCAAGCAGAUGCAAGCGCUCAUGGUGCUCCGGGGGUUCCUCUCCGAUCCGUGCGAGCUCCGGGAGCUCCUCUUCGCCUCCGCCGUCGCGGUCCGCGGCGCCAUCGCGCACGCCUACCUCGUGUUCGGCCAAAUACCCCGCCCUGACCGCUUCAUGUACAACACCCUCAUCCGCGGCGCCGCUCACACGGCCGCGCCCCGGGACGCCGUCUCCCUGUACGCGCGCAUGGUGCGGCGCGACGGCGGCGGCGGCGUGAGGCCCGACAAGCUCACCUUCCCGUUCGUGCUCCGCGCUUGCACCGCCAUGGGUGCGGGGGACACCGGGGCUCAGGUGCACGCCCACGUCGUGAAGGCUGGCUGCGAGUCGGACGCGUUCGUCAAGAACGCGCUCAUUGGCAUGCACGCGAGCUGCGGGGAUCUGGGCGUCGCGGCUGCUCUGUUUGACGGGGGGUCUCGUCAGGAUGCCGUGGCUUGGUCGGCAAUGAUCGCGGGUUGUGCAAGGCGAGGGGACAUUGGUGCUGCACGGGACCUGUUCGACGAAUGUCCUGUGAAGGAUCUUGUAUCCUGGAAUGUGAUGAUCACUGCAUACGCAAAGCGGGGAGAGAUGGCGUUGGCAAGGGAGCUGUUCGACAAGGUACCUGAACGAGAUGUCGUGUCCUGGAACGCGAUGAUUUCUGGGUAUGUGAGCUGUGGUUCGCACUUGCAUGCACUGGAGCUGUUUGAGCAGAUGCAGCACAUGGGCGAAAAGCCCGAUAUUGUCACCAUGCUCAGCUUGCUGUCAGCUUGUGCCGACUCUGGUGAUCUGGCUGUUGGCCAGAGGCUGCAUUCCUCUCUGUCAGGUAUGAUCUCUACAAACGGAUUCCCAGUUGUUCUCGGAAAUGCACUGAUUGACAUGUAUGCAAAAUGUGGGAGUAUGAAAAGGGCGCUCAAGGUGUUCUGGUCAAUGCGAGAUAAGGACGUCUCAACUUGGAACUCAAUUGUAGGAGGAUUGGCACUGCAUGGGCAUGUCCUGGAAUCCAUAGAUGUGUUUGAGAAGAUGGUGAAGGAGAAAGUCAGGCCAGAUGAGAUCACCUUUGUUGCUGUCCUUAUCGCGUGCAGCCACGGUGGGAUGGUUGACAAGGGACGUGAGUACUUCGACUUGAUGCAACAAAAGUACAGGAUGGAACCCAAUAUCAAGCACUGCGGUUGCAUGGUGGACAUGCUGGGUCGUGCUGGGUUACUAAAAGAAGCAUUUGAGUUCAUUGGUAGGAUGAAGUUUGAGCCUAAUUCUGUCAUUUGGAGAACACUGAUUGCUGCUUGUAAGGUUCAUGGUGAGAUAGAAUUGGCUGAGCAUGCAAACAAGCAACUGCUAAAGGCAAAGAGUGAUGAAAGCGGUAAUUAUGUGCUCCUCUCGAACAUCUAUGCUUCAGUUGGGGAGUGGCUUGGGUCAGAGAAGAUGAGAAAGUUAAUGGAUGACAGUGGUGUCAACAAAGAGGCAGGCCAAACAGUUGUAGAUGGCAGUGUGAAGGAUAUAAUGCAGCCUUUUAGACGGUCGAGAUCACAUUCCGAAUGGAAAUGAUUUAUUUAUUGA